CAUGAUCGUAGUCCAGUACUGAAUGAAACAGCGGUUGCUGUUACAAACCUAUGCGGUCAGAACUCUUUCAAAGAGCUGCCUGGAAAAGCCUGGAUUAUGCUUCUGCAUAGUCACGACGCUGUCCCCUAUGACACGGUCUUAAUCCUUUUAUAUACUGUAGCCUUUCAUCAUGAUGUGUAAUUCUCUACCGAAAUGCUCAGGACGGGGUUUUCCGGAGAGUCAACUCAGUGAGUGUUCAGUCUCCUGAGCAGAGCCUAUGUUUUCUUGUGUAAUGGCACCCCCUUGUGGACGUAUUAAGCAAUGGUCCCUAUUGUACAUACGGGUCAUUUUCUCUUUUUUCUCAACAUUACGUUAACGUGACUCGUCAGUUGUCUAUUCCUAUCGCUGCUCUCAUUGACUUUUUCUCAGUGAAUACUUCCACUCCUGCCCUUCAUGUUCGGUUUCCAGUUACACUACCCUGUCUUUCCUUGUUCCUACAGCUAAAGCAACGUCUUUUCACAAAAUCCUAUAAAGGCUAAAGAAGAAAGACCUGCCUCUUUCAUCUCCUUUCGGGAACUGUUUAACUGGUUGGCUAGCAAGGCCUGCACAGUGAAAAGACGGCUACUCAGCUAACGGUGAAGAAGACAGCCCUCCAACUACACCGCCAAGAAGAGCUAAGUGGCUAACCCCCUUAUACCCACGUCAUAUUGACCCUUUGACUACCGAUUUAUUAAGGCAACAUGGAAGGAACUAACACAUCUAAAAAUGAAGAUGGGCAAUCUACGAGCUCACAUGCAUCCCGUUCAUCAAGCGGCUCAACAAAAGCUAAUCUUGCCGUUGCCAUAGCAAAAGCAAAAGCCGAAGCGGCACAGGCUAGAGUAGCUCAUUCAAAAAAGGAAAUUGAACUGAAAGUUGAGCAGGCUCGCAUCCAAGCUACUCUUGAUGCACUUAAAGAAGAGAAAGAAAUGGACGCAGCCCUAGCAGAGGCAAACACAUUGCAAGCAGGGUUAAUGGACGUGGCAUCAGAUUUUGAAAAAUUAGAAAUAUGCAGCGAAGCCAACAGUCAAGUUCUUUCAAACAGACAAUAUCAACGCACUGCCGCCUAUGUGUCAGAGCAAUCCAGCUUACACUCAGUGCCACUCAGCAUGUGUGAGCUACCAUUUGUUAUUGACAGAAAUAAAGCUGUUGAAUCAACAAAAUGUAACCCGAAGAACGAGCAAGCUGCCACCUCUACCUGCAAUGUGCCUCAUUACACAUCUCAGGCUCCCUCUCCACAGAAGAGUGGCCCAUCAUCUCCCAUUCAGCAGUUAGUAGAUGGAAUCUCCUACAAACCCAGCUGCCGGAACACUGAUCGGCAGCCACUGACCCACAUCCAGCAGUCACCGCAUGAGAUGCUCCAUGAAACUAGACAGAGCAAACCUGAAAUCACAAACGAUCUUGCCAGAUAUCUUGCCCGCAGUAGGCUGGUGACCUCGGGGCUCACAACAUAUGACGAGCAGCCACUAAACUACUGGGCCUGGAAAAUCUCUUUCCGAAGUGCAAUCAUCGACUUGGACCUAACUGAGAGGGAAGAACUAAACCUGCUAAGUAAGUACCUCGGAAAGGAGUCAGCCGAGCAGGUGAAAAGAAUAGCAGCAGUAAACGUCAGAAAUCCACCCCUUGGACUGGUGAUGGCAUGGGAACGGCUUGAUGAAACGUUCGGCUCACCUGAGGCCGUCGAGCACGCUCUCUUCAGUAAACUAGAAAGCUUCCCUAGAAUUACCAUGAAGGAUCCACAGAAGCUACGGGAUCUUGCAGAUCUGCUGUCAGAGAUGGAAGCCGCGAAACGAGACGGACAUCUCCCAGGCCUAUCUUACCUGGACACCUCAAGAGGAAUUAAUCCUAUCGUGGAGAAACUCCCACACAACAUACAAGAGAAGUGGAUAUCACUCGGUUCAAAGUACAAGCGUGAACAUCAAGUCAGCUUCCCACCCUUUUCUGUGUUUGUAGACCUCAUCCGUACGGAGGCAAAAACUCGUACAGACCCCAGCUUCAACUUCAGCCAUUACUCUACUGGAGGAAAGAAUGCAUGGGAGAGAUCUCCGAAAACAUCCGUGCAUGUUCACAAGACUCAAGCUUCCCCAGCAGUAGAUGGAGAAGACAACGAAAGUGGUGACCCAAACAAAUAUUGCCCCAUUCACAACAAACCUCAUCCUUUGGCGAAAUGUAGAGGCUUUAGAGAAAGGAGUUUGGAAGAACGUCAACAGCUUCUAAAGGAACACUCCAUCUGCUUCCGAUGCUGCUCCUCCACUCAGCACCUUGCCAGGAACUGCUCAGCCGACAUAAGGUGCUCAGAAUGUGAGAGCAUAAACCAUGUUGCAGCCCUCCACCCUGGACUCUCUGCCCGGAGGUCUAAAAUGUCAACCCCGACUUCAGAGCACUGGGAGGAAGAAGACAAAGUGGAUGUACAGGAUCACAUUUCUAGGCAAGACAUCACUUCAGCUUGCACUCAGGUGUGUGGCGAAGGACUCAGCGCGAGAGCAUGUGCCAAAAUAUGCCUUGUCAACGUUUACCCAACUGGACACAGAGAGAAGUCCAGGAAAAUGUAUGCAGUACUCGACGAACAGAGCAACCGCUCCCUCGUACGCUCUCAGUUUUUUGACCUCUUCAAGGUUUCAGGGUGCUCCUACCCAUACACACUAAAAACGUGCGCUGGGCUUAAAGAGACUGCGGGGAGGAGAGCCAAAGGUUACAUGGUGGAGUCAAUAGAUCAAAGUUUGAGCAUUCCCCUGCCAACGCUUCUCGAGUGCAACCAACUCCCCAACAACCGCUCUGAGAUACCUACUCCAGAUGCAGCCUACCACCACACCCACCUGAAGCGGAUCGCCAACAAAAUACCUCCACUUGAUCCGAAUGCCAACAUACUCCUCUUGCUAGGCAGAGAUAUAUUGAGGGUGCACAAAGUCCGCGACCAGAUCAGCGGUCUAGGCAAUGCUCCAUUCGCCCAAAGGCUGGACCUAGGCUGGGUCAUCAUUGGUGAUGUAUGUCUCCGCGGUGCCCACAGACCAUCUCAGGUGAGCAGCUACAAGACAUGCAUCCUAGAGAAUGGUCGCACAAGCCAUCUGCAGCCAUGCACUAACCAUAUCAGGGUCAAGGAGAAGUUCAGUCACUCAUCUACACCGCAAUACCGACCCGCACCCACCUCCACACUGUUCAGCAGAAACAGCUUGGGGCAGAACGUCUUUGCACAAACAGCCAAUGACCAUCACCUCGCACCAUCAUUAGAAGACAUCAGAUUCCUCCAGAUCAUGGACAGUGAGUUCCAUCAAGAUAGCUCCAACAGCUGGGUGGGGCCCUUACCUUUCCGUUCUCCAAGACCACGGCUGCCUGACAAUAGGAAACAAGCACAAGACCGCCUGCUCUCACUCAGACGCACCCUGGAAAAACGUCCUCAGAUGAAGGCUCACUUUCUAGAGUUCAUGGAGAACCUGUUCAGGAGAGAACAUGCGGAGGCCGCACCGCCCCUACGAGACGGACAAGAGCGCUGGUAUCUACCGCUCUUUGGAGUAUACCAUCCCAAAAAGCCUGACAGGAUCCGUGUAGUCUUCGACUCAAGUGCACCAUGUGAAGGGGUGUCACUCAACGACGUCCUGCUCAAAGGCCCCGACCUUAACAACAGUCUGCUGGGCGUACUCAUAAGGUUCAGGAAAGAGCAGGUAGCCAUCACUGCAGACAUCGAGCACAUGUUCCACUGCUUCAUUGUGAGGGAAGACCACAGGGACUUUCUCCGCUUCCUAUGGUUCAGGAACAAUGACCUUAACUCCGACAUUGUGGACUACAGAAUGAGGGUCCACCUUUUUGGCAACAGCCCGUCCCCGGCCGUGGCUGUGUACGGCCUACGGAGAGCUGCCAAAAAAGCAGAAGCGGACUAUGGCAGUGAUGCAAGAGAACUGAUCGACCGCGAGUUCUACGUGGAUGAUGCACUCAAGUCCUUCAACACUGAAGAAGAAGCUGUUAGUGUUCUCCGGCGAGCUCAGGAGAUGCUUGCGGCCUCCAACCUCAGACUGCACAAAAUUGCAUCAAAUCGCCCUGCUGUCAUAGAUGCAUUCCCCCCAGAGGACCGCAGCAAGGAUGUCGGAGACUUGGACCUCUUUGUCGAUGACCUACCCGUCCAACGUAGCCUGGGUUUGUCGUGGAAUAUGUGCACAGACUCCUUCACCUUCCAGAUUGCAGAGAGCCAGAAGCCAUUUACUCGCAGAGGGGUGUUGUCCACAGUGAACAGUCUCUAUGAUCCCCUAGGCUUCCUCGCACCUGUCACUGUUCGAGGAAGACUGAUACUGAGAGCCCUCACCACUCAAGCAGAAGAUUGGGACUCGCCACUUCCAAGAGACAUGGAGACUGAGUGGACCAGCUGGAGAGAGUCUCUCCACGACCUAACAAAAUUACAGAUACCACGCUGCUACACACCCUUCUCCACAGCAGGGGCCCAAACAAGAGAACUCUGUGUCUUUGCAGACGCAUCAGUGAAAGCAAUAGCAGCUGUAGCCUACAUUAGGGUGACAAACAAAGAUGAACAAACUGCGGUUGGCUUCGUGUUCGGCAAGACAAAGCUGGCUCCACAGCCCGAUCUUACUAUUCCCAGGCUCGAACUGUGUGCCGCUGUACUCGCAGUAGAGAUAGCCGAGAUGAUAGUCGCAGAGAUGGACGAGACAUUUGACGACAUAACAUACUAUACUGAUAGCAAAGUUGUACUAGGGUACAUCCACAACCAAUCAAGGAGGUUCUAUGUCUAUGUCCACAAUAGAGUCCAGCGAAUCCUCCAGUCACCAUGCUCUGGCCAGUGGAAGUAUGUUCACACUGACCUCAACCCAGCCGAUAUUGGAUCGAGAUCUGUGACUCCAGCUGUCCUGAACAGCACGAUAUGGUUCACAGGACCCACUUUUCUACAAAAUACUCCAGCGCACUCAUCUGAACUACAACAGACUUUUGACCUAAUCGAUCCCGCGUCCGACUCGGAGAUACGUCCCCAAGUGACCACAAGUCUCACCUGUGCCACUGGAAAUGCGAUCAACCCGCUACGCUUUGAACGCUUCUCUGAGUUCAACAACCUUGUCACCGCAGUAGCACACUUGAUCCAUGUGGCUCGGUCUUUCUCCCACUCCAUCCAAGGCAAGUGCCAGGGCUGGCACUUCUGUCGCCCAACGGAGGAAGAGUUGUCUAGGGCGAAGGUGUGCAUCUUGAAGAGUGUCCAGAAUAACUGCUAUGAAGAAGAGCUCGAGUGUGUGUAUUCGGGACUUAACAUCCCAUCGUCCAGCAAUCUAAAGAAGCUUCACCCUGUGAUAGACCCAAACGGACUUUUGAGGGUCGGAGGCCGUAUACGGCAGUCAGGCCUGAGCACUGACGAGACUCAACCCAUCAUCAUCCCUGGGCGCAAUCACCUGGCAACCCUGCUGGUGCGCCACUAUCACAAAGUUGUGAAACAUCAAGGAAGACACUUCACCGAAGGAGCUGUCCGAGCUGCUGGAUUUUGGCUAGUCGGGGGAAGACGCUGCAUCACCAGCAUACUUUUCAAGUGUGUCAUCUGUAGAAGGUUACGAGGAAACACAGAACUUCAACAAAUGGCGAACUUACCAGCUGAACGUCUGCAGGUAGCACCUCCCUUCACCUAUGUCGGCGUUGACAUCUUCGGACCAUGGGACGUCAUCUCACGACGCACAAGAGGGGGACUUUCCAACUCCAAAAGAUGGGCUGUAAUGUUUUCAUGCAUGUCUUCAAGGGCAGUACAUAUUGAAGUGAUCGAGGCCAUGAGUUCCAGCAGCUUCAUCAACGCCUUGCGGAGGUUCUUCGCUGUUAGGGGCCCCGUCAAACAAAUACGGUCUGACCGUGGGACCAAUUUCGUCGGUGCCUCUCGAGAACUGAAUAUGGACAAACCAAUUCAGAGCGCCGAUGCAGUAGAGAAAUUCCUCAGCACCCAGAGCUGCUCCUGGGUCUUCAAUACUCCCCACGCGUCUCACACGGGUGGCGCAUGGGAGCGCAUGAUUGGCAUCGCCCGCCGCAUUCUAGACUUCAUGCUGCUUGAACAGAAGAAAUCUCAGCUUACCCAUGAAGUCCUCACCACCCUCAUGGCGGAGGUCAUGGCAGUCAUGAAUGCAAGACCCCUCAUCCCAGUGUCAUCAGAUCCCGAAUAUCCCCUCAUCCUCACACCAGCAAUGCUUUUGACCCAAAAAACAGGCUCCACUCCUCCUCCCCCUUGCAAUCUUGAGGAAGCAGAUCUUUUCAAAGAAGAGUGGAAGCAAGUGCAGAGCCUGGCCGACACCUUUUGGAACAGGUGGAAGUGCGAAUACCUCAAAACGUUGCAGCUUCGCAACAAAUGGCAAGACAAAAGGCCUAAUAUUCAUGAAGGUGAUGUCAUCCUCCUGAAGGACAAUCAGGCAAAGAGGAACGAAUGGCCUGUGGGCAUUGUCACUAAGACUUUUCCAGGAGAAGAUGGAUUGGUCCGGAAAGUCGAGGUAGCGGUCGUCAAAGAUGGAAUCAGAAAGACUUUCUUUCGACCUGUCGUCAACCUGGUGCUGCUUCUUUCCACAAAGACUGUUUAGUGUGGGAUCUCUAAAGACCCCAUGCGGGGAGUGUUCAGUCUCCUGAGCAGAGCCUAUGUUUUCUUGUGUAAUGGCACCCCCUUGUGGACGUAUUAAGCAAUGGUCCCUAUUGUACAUACGGGUCAUUUUCUCUUUUUUCUCAACAUUACGUUAACGUGACUCGUCAGUUGUCUAUUCCUAUCGCUGCUCUCAUUGACUUUUUCUCAGUGAAUACUUCCACUCCUGCCCUUCAUGUUCGGUUUCCAGUUACACUACCCUGUCUUUCCUUGUUCCUACAGCUAAAGCAACGUCUGUAAGUGCAGUUUGUGUUUUUUCAUAUUAAGUAGUCUUGUGCAAUGGUAGCUGGUGUUCCCCUAGUAGGCUAAGCCAGCUUUCCCUUUGGUAUCUUUGCCUAUGGAGCUUUAACUUUAUUCUUGUUGUUAAUUCUACAUGCGGCCAACCUUUGUGAUUCAAGAUUCAAGAGAGUUUUAUUGUUCUGUUCUUAUUUAAGUUCUGUAUUGUAUUACAGUUUCACAAAAUCCUAUAAAGGCUAAAGAAGAAAGACCUGCCUCUUUCAUCUCCUUUCGGGAACUGUUUAACUGGUUGGCUAGCAAGGCCUGCACAGUGAGCAACCACAUCUCUCGUCGACCAUUUAGCUUGGUAGUUUCCUUUGUCGCAAGCGGACAGUGACAAAUAAGGAGAUGGGAUUGUCUCUUUUAUUGCAAAUGUUUAUCAGAGGAGAAGGUGUUCACAAAGAACAAGUUGUAUACACACAGGAAAUAAUGUAAUAAAGGACGACCAAUCACAGCCUGUACGGAUGUUCGAUUGUUUUGGAGAUGCACAUCAAGCUACACAGGAGGGUUUGGAUGGGGAAGGAGCGAGCUGGUGUACGUUGUACGCGUGUACGUUGCAAGCGCAUAAACGUCAUCAGCUCCCUAUAAAGGGAACAGAAUCCGACUAACUCCACACUGUUUUUGAUUGGAUCUGGAUAAAUCAAGGCCGGCGGAAGUGAUAGAUAGCGAAGUGAAUGUAAACAAUAAUAAAACAUGCAUUUUGCUGUAUGAAAGAAGUAGCAACAGGCUCCAGUGUACCUGCGACCAUAGCGAGGACAAGCUGUACAGAAAAUGGAUGGAUGGAAGAAGUAGUAACACCACAACUGGUGUCAUUAUAAAGAAUGGGAAAUGUAAAACAACUGGACUGAAGCAGGGAAGUAAUUUGAAAGAAACAAACAUCUACAUCUAGCAAAAACACAGUGCCUACAUAGCCAAGAGAGCAAAUAACCUAGGGAAGCGUGAGAAAAUCCAACAUACUUUUCAGGACAUUGAAUCGAUCGCAUCUGGACUGUCCCAGUUCUGUUCAGGUUCUAAGACAACCUGAACACUCCAGUUACGAUCGAUUAAAUACCCUGAGAAUUCAAUGACCUGGUUGAGUGAGAAUAUUCACGGGCAUCCAACAUACUUGGACCACUAUCUGUAAAAUAUUUGUCAAGUUAAACGGUGGACCGGAAGGAGGAGUAUUUAGUAUUUGCCAUCAAAAAUAUAUCAAGUAACUGGACAUGUAUAAUGUACGGUAUAUUACUGAAUGCAAUAAUCAAUAUUAAUUAAUAAUUUUAAUAUAUAUUAUAUACAAGUUAUUUAUUAUAUUAUAAAAUUAUAUAUAUACUUAAAAUAAACAAUGAAAAUAUUCUAUACAGUUUUGUAAUAUAAAAUGAUAUGCUGUAGUACCGUAAUAUUAAAGAUCAAAAGUCAACAUACAAGUAGCAUAUAGAAUGACGUGGUCUGAUAAAACUCAUUUUUAUCCAAACUAUAUGGAAAGACACUACCAUACAAAGGAUUCCUCAACAAGGGGAUCUGGAAUUGACAUGUAGAAGUGGCAGAAUUAAAUCAGCACCACUUCUUCCUACUCCUUUUUGGGCGUGUCAAAUUGCGCAAUAUGUUAUUAUAUUAUGUUCCUCAUUACGCAUUUGUUAAGUACAUUAAAAAAUAAACAAAAUCAUUUCAACUAUUUUUUGGUCGUAUACCUAAACAGCCUGAUAUUUUUCAGCCUGAUACUGGCUGCAUUAAAUGUGACAGAAUGAUCUCGCAUAAGACUCUGGUUAGUUUGACUGUCAGAGCUUAGCAUACUGUACCUGUGUACUGUACAUGUUUUUAGAAGGUAUCACAUUGCCGCACAAACGUGCAGACAAUCUGACUCAUCCUGCUGAAUUAAAAUAUUACUUAUUCGUUUUGCCACAACAUUCUUUAUCCACAUCAUCCCUGUCAUCUUCUGUUUGAUUGAUUUUUUUUUAAUCCCUAAGAAACUACAUUUUAGAGUAAGAAAUCCGACCUCAUUGCUUUUUUUUGUGCUGACCCAAUUCAGGAUCAAUUAAUUCCUGUCUUGUGGUUUUCUUUCCCGUUUUAUUUGCUCUCUGCAGUGAUGAAGUGCUUGGCUUUUGAGCACUAAUGCUCCUGUUUGACAUGGAGCACAUGUACUACCACACAUUAACCUUGUAACUGUAGGUUAUCAGUAACACAUCUUGCAACCUCUAGCUUAUUGUGUGUGUGUGUGUGUGUGUGUGUGUGUGCAUGCAAGUGUUGUGCUUGUUUCAGUACCCUGUGUUGGUGAGAUACGUGAUGAUGUGUUAGGUCAGCACAUGUGUACGUGUGGGGGCUCUGGUAGAGGAAUAAUAAUCAUCUUGCUAUCGAUCACCAUGCUAACAGCAAAGUGCAGAUGAGAUUGAGAGGAGUGGUGGUGAAGGAGAGAUAGACGAGGAGAGAAUAUAUUUACAAGAUGUGUAUCGCAGCACCUAAUCGGAUGGAUGAAAAAUUGCUAUCACUCCACCUUGUAAUAAAUUAAAGACUUCAUGCACACUUAAUUUGGGCUGUCCUCCUCCCGCCGUGUUUUUUGAAAGAUGCAACAGUGCCGAUUUGGCCGUGAGGACAAAGGGAUGGGGGAUGGAUUUCUAAUAGCAGAGGCCUGCGGAACGAAAACCACGGUCUCAUCUUUAAAGAUCAUAAUGUGUGGCACUCUUAUUUCAGAGGGCAAAUAAAGCCAAGAGAAGGACAGUUUGAGUACAGAGGUCAUUUUAUGGAGGGAAAUCUGUGUAUUUUUAUCCAAUCAAACAAAAAAAACAGUUUGCAAGCAAAAAACAGUUUUGCCAGUAAAAAAAAAAUAAAAAAGAGUUGCAAACAAAAAGAAUGGAUUUGCAAGCAAAAAAAUGCAACCGAAAACAAGUUUUGCAAUUAAAAAAAACUAUGUACAAGCAAAAAAACUGAUUUGCAAACAAAAAUAAUGUAUUUGCAAGCAAAAAAGAGCUUAUAUUUGCGUAUCCGCAACAUUUGUUUGCAACUCUCAACCUUUUGAUGCAAAUCUCAUUUUUGGAUUUGCAAAUCUCAUUUGCGGGUUUACGAAUCGCAUUCAAUGUUGUGGGCAAGAGCCUCUUAUGGGUGACGUUACAAGCCUUUUUAUUGGUCAGUCUCGCUGGCUGACACCUUCCGCCCUCAGUAGUACGGCUGGUUGACUGACCUUUCAACACGGAGGUGCUACAUGGAGAGGAAAGAGCGACUUUAAAAUGUGAGUAAAGCUUUUUUUACUCCUGAGAACAUUUGACGCCAGAUAUGUAAAGCUUAGUGUGACGUUUAAAACGUCAAUUUUUUGCUAAAAUACGACACCUCGACUAUUCUGAUGUUGAUCACCACCGUGCACCUCCAUGGGGGGCUUGUCCAGGCAGCUUCAUUUAUGGAGCUUUUUCAGUCCCAAGUAUUUUUUUCAAGUUGUUGGACCUGGUGAAUAUGACUUAUGUAUGUCUUAUUAAUAGUACUACAAUGGGAUUGUAAUGUGGAUGUUUCCAGUUGGCACGGAUUGCAGGGGCAACGUUUUGAGUGUGACAGACUACAAUAAGACCUCCUGCUGCGGAAAUUGUAAAUAAAAUUGAAAUGGGCAAAUAUAUAGCUCCUCCUGUCCAUUCUUAAUGGUUACGUAUAAGUGAAGGUGAAACAACUAUAUGUGACUGUGGAAUAGUUUACUGUUUGGAAUAUCAUCGAGUGCCUUUCAUUGUCAUACACAUACAUUGGUGCGAAGUGUUUGCACCCUUCCUGAUUUCUUUUUUUUUUUUUUUUUUUUUGCAUGUUUGCCACACUUAAAUGUUUCAGAUCAGCAAACAAAUUAAAAUAUUAGUCAAUGACAACACAACUGAAAACAAAAUGCAGUUUUUAAAUUCAACUAUAUUACUAAGAGAGAAAAACAAUCCAAACCCACACUUUGGACGCGGCUGGUUUACAGUGUUGCUCUUUAGGAAAGUGCGAGUGCAACAGUAAGAGUUUGAACAGCUGAUGAUUUUUUUUUGUUUUAGUAAAGUUCCUUACCUGAAGUGCUGCAUUAAUAGCGUUCUCAUCUCUACUGAACAAUGGCAGCACACUGCAGUCAUCUUAUGCUCUCAUCUUUGUCCGUUUACAGAGGUGAAGUGUUCAAAAACAGCUGCACUGCGCUUCGAGGUCGGGGCCAGGAGGUGGAGGGGUUAGUGGGCAUCCUAGCUGAGGAGAUCCACCCGGUCUGAGCCGCCUCCGCGCAUCGCUGACAGACAGGCGGGGCCGCGCCGCUGUUGUCGCUGAUAGUCUCCGCUUUCAUGCCGAAUGCCUCACCUUUUUGUCUGAUUUUAAGCAAACUGUCCCAAACUGUACAGUGUGGAAAUGGGACAUUACAUCACAGGGUGGGCUUUUCGCCAGUCUGGACAGACAUACACACACACACACACACACACACACACACACACACACAGUGCAAAAUGCAUAGCAAAACCGCAGUCCAUGAGAGCAGAUUGUACCGGGCAGGGUGGAACGCAGGGUCCGGUAUUUUACCAUGCACUGUCGCAUCCAUAGCGUUGAAUGCCAUCAAUAUUCUUAAGAUAUAUUUUUUCAUGCUGUCAUUGCAAAUGGCCGUUUGUCAUCAAGUAUUCUACCGAGCUUUGAGUGAAACAGACAGUGAGCAAGGCCAUGCUCGGGAUAAAUUCACAUUAGUUUCCUCGUUUGAAAGUACAAGCUCUAUUCCUCUGUCCUAAAAAUGCUCAAACAUGAUUGCAGUCAUCGACUUUAGUUAUCUAAGAUCUGUGGUCUGCACCCUGUACUCCAGACACUUACUGUAGUACUUGAAAAAAAGACCAUAAUUCUUCCAAUUAAACAUACAUGGAUUCUCUUCUAGUUUGUACUGAUGUAAUAUGCAACAUUAUGUUAAUUAUGGAAUACCCCACUCAUGUAUGGGGGACAGAAGGUGGUGUGGAAAUUUAAACACAUUUUAAAGUUCUUUCCCAGUUCUUUUGAAUAGAAAUUAUGCAAAGCUCAAAACUCCUUGAUCGUUUUCCUCCUGUUCAGUGACCUCAGGUCAGACACCUGUUUCACUCAGACCACCACCUCCCUGCCCCGAAUGCUUAAUGCGCACUGGACUGUUAGUCUUGGUCUUAGUCUGUCAAGGUAAUUUGUUCUGUGUACAACUUGACAUUAUGUGACUAAAUAUAACGUACAGUACACAGAAUAUUUAGCAAAAGGCAAGCUCCUGUUGAAGACAUAUGCAACUCCACCUUGUCUCAGUGUGUUUACGUGUUAGGAGCCCACAGUAGACAAUAGCCGGCUAAAUAUAGAGCGACACAGUCCUUAUUGGCUAAGGGGGAACCCGCCUAUUGCGUUCUGCGUCCUGAUUGGCUGGAGACCAUUGUCAAUCAAUCUGCUUUGUGCCGUCGCAAGCUAACUGGGUGAGCUGCUUGCUAAUUGCCAAUAAACAAUAGAAGAAGAAGAAGCUAACCGGCGACAGGAGCAAUAUCUUUUAAUAAGGAUACAAAAACACUACAGCCGAACGGUGCCAGGACGAAGCACUGUCACACGUGAUCACUUCAUAAUUUAUUGUGUCCAACCUUGUAGAUUGAUCAUUAAAGUUCAAACGAAAUUUGAACUUUGGGGGUGUUUAAAAUGUGAGAAAAUGUUAAUGCCUUUCUGAGAAAAGUGUAUAAAGUGUAUUGUAAGGGGCUUUACAGCCUUAAAACAUACAUAAUAACUGUAAACAAAUAAAGUUGGCUACUUUGCGGAUUUCACUUAUUACAGACUAUGUUGGGAACCUAACGAGGGGAUAUUGUUUGGUAGAUGCUUGGCCUGCAGCCAUACUAUACACCGCAGGGUGCAUCUUGAAAAGCGGUGCAGCGCUGCAGUGAAGCAGGAGCUCACUGCACCUCCCCUGGAAGUAGAAGACUGCAUUAAAACUCUUCCAGACAAACAAAGCAUCCUCCAGUCCAUAAUGCGCAUCACCAACCAAACCAUACUUUACACUCCUCUUGUUCUCUCCAUCUGACAGUACUUCCACAUGUCUGCAUGAUGGCAUACCCAUUCAUGUUAAACCAUCGUGCAAAAUCUUUUCUUCAUAAUAUAUUAUUUGCAUAUUCAAAUAUAGUAGCAUUAUGCAAAAAGGUUUCCUAUCAGGACUAUCACAUUUCCUACUCAAAAGGGAGACCAUUAUGCAAAACCUAAUCGCUGUUUUUGAAAUGGCAUUCCAUAAGUUACAGCUGAUUUGAGAAUGACCUUUUGAACCUUGCUGCAGUCAAAUCAAUUACAUGUAACCUUUUCAUAUGCUUCAUAUGCCGCCAGUCCUCUCGACUCCAUUAGACAUUAUAUUUUUACUUAAAAAAAAAAUGUAUUUAUGACCUCACACAGUACACUGAAUACAAAUGGAAAGUAAGUUUAACUUAGAAGACAUUGGUAGUGUAGUGGUUCACCUUUUGUGCAACCCGCCUCUUUUCAGUUCCCACUCAAUGCAGAAUUCUUCAGGACGUGACAUGCACUUAAACAUUGUACAUCACGUUGCGGCAAUGCAGACCGUAAGGGCAGCGCUUGGUUGGCUUUCGCUCGUUUCAGCAGAGAAUUGAGCGUCACAUGCUCAGCCCUGACGCAAUAGGUUAGAAGGGACGGCGUGAGUACACCGAAAUGUAAACCAAGCUUUAGCCGCACCGUGACAAAGAAAUGUGUUUUUUUCAUGCUCAUAUGUGCUGGACCUGACAGGCUAAAUAAAAAUUCAAACAAUGUCUUGCCAAUAUUAUUCAGAAGAUAAAAACCACAAAUCCAAUUAAUCCACCUUGUAAACAAUAGAUUUUACAUUUACCUGUGUUGUUUUCAUCAAACUCUAUACUACUAGUCAACUUUCCCUACGUUUUUUUUGUUUUGGGUUUUUUUUUUCAGACCCAGAAAGAAUAAUCCAAUUCUACAGCAAAUUAGUAAACGUAUAAUUCUAACCAUCCAACAAAAAAGGAAUCAGCUGAAACUGUAAACCUGUAAAAAGGAAAUGCAAGGAGGUUUUUUUCGACGUGAAUCAAAAACCGUGCUCACCAAGGUUUAUCCAUCAUUGCAUGAAAACACGUUGACUUAAAUACGUGUGUGGACAGCGUUGCUAUUUUACAAUAACUGUGGCGUUAUCACUUCUCAAUCAAAUCUAUUGUAUGUGCUCUGCAAAUAGAUCGAUAGCCAUGGUAUCAGUCCCACAGUAUCAUAAACACCAUUACAUACGAGUGCAGUAUCCAGACUAAAAGGUACAUAAAAAAAACACAACGCAGCACUGGAAUAGUUCAUUUUAUUUUAUAAUCAUGAGAAUAUUAUGUGUUUUGGGUAAUAUUAAUUAUGACAAACAUCAAGCUGUCAAUGAAUAAUUCUAUAGGGUUUAAGUUGACAAGAGACCGAGCUAAUAAGUCCUCAGUGCUUCGUUACUUGCUUUUCUUUGGACAAUUUAUCAAAAAAUAAGACAGUUCUUGGUUGCAUAUGUCAUCAAUAGCAAUAUUUAUUUACCACGGCCUUUAUUAGCAUGUUGGUUAGCAUGUUGGCCACACAGUCAGGAGAUCGGGAAGACCCAUGUACGAAUCUCCUGUGAGGAAUUUGCAUGUUCUCCGGGUACUCUGGUUUCCUCCCACAUUCUAAAAACGUGCAUGUUAUGUUGUCUCCAUGUGCCCUGUGAUUGGCUGGUGUCCGGUCCAGGGUGUGCCCUGCCUCCCACCCAAAGUCAGCUGGGAUAGGCUCCAGGAUACCCUAGUGAGGAUAAGCGGCAUAGAAAAUGGAUGGAUGGAUAGGAUGGACGGAUAAAAUGUGGUAUCAAUUAGGAAAAAAUGUAGAAGCAUGCUCACGAAAAAUGGCAACAUGUGCCUUGAUAGCUGACCUUUUUGUGUUUGUUUGUUUUGCCUCGGUUUGCCGUACCCCAUUCAUAGCGAUGACAGCGGACAUGCUGUCACUGUGUCCUCCAAAUUUCAUACUUUUGCCAGUAUUUCCACCUCCAUUUCCAUGAAAGUCCUGCUUCUUCGUCCUCGUCGUCUUCCCAUCAGCUGUGGUUCCAAAUGACAGGGCCAGCGUAACAAUGCAACCAGGGCUCUGUAAAUAUGGACGCCAAAUUCAUGAGUCACUUUGCACUGGCUAUGGUGAAGUGGAGGCGUGGAAAGGGCGUAACUUGAGGCGGAGUUGCGUACGCAUACGUCGACUCAAGGUGGAAUUUAUGAACCACAAAUUGCGUGAAUGUGUGCAUACACCACUUUUUAGAACUGAAUAUUGUUUUCUGUACGCACCUUUUGGGUUUGUGGCGUACAGAGAAUAUACUCAAAAUUCCACGCUAAUUUUUGUAGAUGAGAUCCCUGAUCUGAGACAACACCACCUGGUGGAAACAUCAAGAUCCAUUAGAGUAUCAAAACAGUGGGCAAAAACCAAAUGCACAUUCAUACUCAUCCAUAAUGAAUUAUCCAUACCAAAUCAUUAUUAUGUAUAGGAUUAUUAUUUAUAAAUCACAUUGUAUAUAUUAUAACAUCAUUAUAUAAAUAUAGGCUCCAGCAUACCCCCGCAACCAUAGUGAGGAAAAGCAGCAUAGAAAAUGAAUGGAUUAUUAUAUAAAUAUAUAUUUUAUGAUAAAUACCAAAUCAAUAUCACUGGAUCUCAAUGUUUUUUUGUUUUUUUUUAAAGGAAGUGACUUCAGAAAGUAAUGCGGAGAAUCGCCUACUGGAGAAACCGCAAGCAGUGCACGAGUCAUUUCCCCUUAGUGGCAGAUGUCUGAGUGAACAUGGACUCUUCUUUUGCAAUCGUGACAUACACGUACAGCAGAGAGAAGGAAAGCUGUUUAAAACGAGGAACGUAAAACCCAACAGUCAAUCAUCGAGGUGAUCUAUCACUCCACUUGGCCGCUGUCUAUCUCCUGUCAGGAAGUUUCAUAUUCAGUCAAACAUCCUAAAACCCUGUGGGAUUAACAAUCCUUCUGGGUGUGUUUUGGGCUCUUGAUUAUUUUCCAUACAUCCAACGGAUUGUUCUCCAUCUCUCUGCGUUAGUAUACCCAUCUAUCCGUCAUCAUAAUUCCCUCCUACCGCCUCACGCGCUCUCCUUCGCUCCCUCCGUAGCUUCCAUCCUUUCAUUCUUGUCUGCCAGCCCAAUCUCAAAGCUGAGCUUUAAUUUUCAACUGCAAUGAAAUGAUUCUCUCCUCUUUCGAUUUUUCUUUUCCCUUCUUCCCAUCCUUCCACACAGCAGUUGUCAUAGAAACAGAGACUGUGUGUGUGUGUGUGUGUGUCUAUGUGACUGCGUUCUAGUCAAUCCCCUCAGCAGAGAGGGCUAGACUAAGCCAAGAAGAGGGUGUGUGUGCACCAGGUAGUCCUUCUGAAUUUGUUUACACAGUCACAUGGUGGGAACAAUGGGGACUGUUCUUUCCCAUGAGACGGUAAAAAUAAGUCACAACAUUUGACUGAUGAAAGUUUUAAUGUGAGUUUAGGUACUUAAGGGCAGGGUCUCCAAAUAAGCAAUGCCCGUCAUUGUAAUCUGAUUUUAUGGAAACUCAGCUACAGCAUGUAAGUGUUUGCUUCUGUACCCGUAUUUACACAGAACAGUAUGCAUGCGUCUGUCCCCAGUUUCAUGUUGUUAUCUGCUUGUGCCUAUCAGUGUGUGUAAUAGGUCUCCAGUUCCCCCAUCAACCCCCAUCACACACACUCAGCCUUGCUGGCUGAAUGACAUUAGAUUGAGUGUGUUUGGUGGCUUAGGCAGGACACAACUAUAAUCCCCCACACUCAUACAAACACACACUCGCGCACAUAUAAAAAGUCACAGGUCUCUUCACUAUUAACCGGAGCCAUGGGAGUGGUGGAUGUGUGAGCAUGCUGCUUUGUGUUCAUGUGUGUGUAGUGAGAAUUGCUUAGUGACACUGGAGAGGGAAAAGGCGAACCUAACCCAAUUUCCUGCUCCAUUUCCUUUUCACAUGGCAGGGCCGUCCCAUUCCACGCUGGAACGGGUUAAACACUAGCCACCCUUGAGCCCCGGGUCACGGCUUUUACACAGGAGAGAGCAGAAGCCCUGUGAAUAAAUCAUGCCUUAGCUUCCAAAUUAAACAUUAAAUUGUUAUUUUGAGUAAAACCGAAGUUUCAAGACAGCUCAAAUUCAGGGUUGCAUUUUGACGAAGGUAUUGGAUAUUCAGAAUGGGGCAAAAUCACCUUACAUUUAGUGUAACUGUAAAGUUUCAAAAGUAUGACGGAGGAUAUACCGUAUUUUAUAUAACAGGGGUGCAACAAUACAGAAGUCAAAGUUUGAUUUGGUUCGAUACUUUAGUGCGGCCUGUGUAAAAAAAAAUGUAUUGCCCCGCAGCACAUUCUAAAACUACAGUUACUAAAAAAGAAAACAACAGGACAAAAAGAGAAAAAGGGCGUAUGGAGAAAAAGUAUACAUGUUGAUGCUAAGCUGACAAAGCUAAUCAACUUCCUAGCAUGUAGGAUUGGUAUUAGCAUUUUUGGAGAAAAUUAAAAAUAUCAACAUGGCCCCCCACAUUCUUUAAUUGUUUAGAGCAUGCGGCCCGUGGUGGAAAAAGUUUGAUGUCACAGUUGGGCAUUUUUUUCGAUACAAAAAAAGACACAUUUUCAUGCUUUUUACUUGUUUCAACACAGUACAGUUUAUGAAUUAAAUGUAUCUGGUGCAGCUAAAUCUGCGUCAUUUUCUGCUCUGCUUACUUAGAAAUAGUAUGUAAUUAAUAUGUGUGAAAAUAAACAUGUAAAAUAAUUAAUAAAAACAUAAUUCACAGCUCAGAUCAACUUGGCAAUAAAGAUAAUUGCGCAUAAUUCAUCAAUAGUUUUGUUGAUAGAUUCAGUAGUAUUUCAGUCAAACCACGUAGCAUUCAUUUUUUCCACAGUUCAUGUGCACAUCCAGUUUGCUGUUAAACAUUACAUAAAAUGAGCAACAGCCAUUAUCGAAAUGACAAUACAGUGUAACGCGGGGGUUAGGUUCCAAAAAAUACCAGUGUUAAGUGUUUACAGGUUGUGUUUUUUCAUUUAUUAUACUGUAUAUGCUUUUCUUUGUUUACAGUGCAUGUUGUUUUGUUUACAGGAUAUGUUUUUCCGCUUAUUAUAUAUGUUUUAAGGCUGUAAAACCACUCACCACACACUUUAUACACUUUUCUCAGACAUGAGAAAAUGUAUAUGUUGCGCAUAUAGAGGUCCUUGAAAGUGCGGAUCACGCCUUGAUCCAUGGGCUGAAUCAGGCAUGUAGUGUUUCCAAAAUAAGCCUGUCUCAUCCAUAUUAAAAACUUCAGGCUUAUAUUCCUCUUCCUUAAUGGUUGUUUUAAAUUUGUUCACAUAUGCCUCUGCCCCGGCAUCCGCAGAGGUGGCCUCUUCGUGGUGUUGUUGCGGACAGUUAAAGCCCUUUUUGCAUCCUUGUUAAAAUGUAUUGCUACUGUCACCCUUAUGUUAUUUUCCUCCUUCUUUAUGGUACAAACCAGAGAUUAAUUUAUUCCGUAAUGGCGCCCUACAGCUGCCUAAAUUCUACCUUCCAUCAGCAUGUCCAGAAUUCAACUUUUUUUGCAUCUUCCUCUACCUUUUGGGUGCAACUGCAGCUGCCUUUGUCGGUGCAGAGCGUUUACUCGACAUUGUGGGUUUUGUCGGGGACAAAACUACAGCACUAAAGAGCCACACUGCUAGCGAUCGAACAAUUAUGUAAAUGAGGCAACCGGAACGUAUUCUGUACUGUACAGGACACAUGGGAUGGAGGAGAUUGAUUGACGGUCUACAGUCCCUUAGCCAAUCGGGACGCGGAAGACGAUGCAGGUUCUCCCUAAGCGAAUCAGGACGCAGAACACAAUGCGUUCAUACGCUGUGAAAAAAAAAAGAAGCAUGCUACACUGUAAAAAAAUGCACACACAAAAAAUCUGUGUACUAGCGAGGCCGCGAAAGUUCAACGGCGUUACAGCGAGGGAACGCUGUACAGCCGAAGUUAAGGCAACACAUAAAAAAUGUAAGCCGUAAAAAUAUUUUAAAUUCAUCAGAAAUUACUAGCAACAAUAACAAGUAGGGGGGAAAAAAACACAUUUCCAUAAUGUAAUGGGAUGUAAAUUAUGAAGAUGAAAAAAUGCAGUUUUGCAUGCCGCUUGAGACAUGGGAUUCCAGCUUUGCCGCGGGGGAGCAACAGCGAAUCGAGAGGGGACUAUGAUGUCAGCUGACUGAUGUCAUAUGGCAUUUGUGACUUUGGUUACAGUAUCAUUCGAUUCAUAGUGGUAUUGAAUCGAGACCACAGUAUCGAACGGUUUGGUGCAGAUACAUGUAUCGUUGCACCCCAAUAUAAAUAUAUUGCCCUCAAGUGCUUGACUUACAGAUAUUUUUAUAUAAAAUAUUGGACUUCUUUUAAUACUUAAAAAACCAACAUAUUUCUGUGGUUGGUUAAUUAAUUUGAUGAAUACAGUAUGCCCCAACCAUAACAGCUUUACUCAACUGCUCUACAAUCAUGACAAAAUGUCGUGUUUUCAGUGCAGUAUUUCCUUGGCAAAUACAUUGGUGGUGUGCGACUUUGUUUGGUUUGUGCGUAACAGUGGAGGCUUGAGUAUGUACUGGGAGUUUGUGCAGGUGCACGGGUGCUCAUGUUGCUGGUACAAUAAAACAGCACAGUGGGAAUGGAAUUCUCCUGUUCAAUUCUCACGUGAACAUGUGGCAUCCAAAGAAAGAACAUAAGCUACCAGCACAUUGUCAUCCAUUCAGCUAUUUGUUCUGUUAAAAACAUUGAUUAUUGGCUCGUGUCUGCAUGAUUUUGCUUUCGACUAAAAUGAUUGCUAAAAAUAUGUUUGAUUUCUGUACACCAUCUUGGUUAUUGUACAGCCAAACAGCGCGCCUAACAAACUAGUCUGUGGAAUCAAGUGCCCAAACAAAAUAUCCUCGGAUAAGCAGAGGAAGAUGGAUGGAUGGAAUGUGUUAGUUUAAAAUUAAAGAGCACAUUUUGAGAAACCUUUGCAUAAAUAAUGCUGAAUCCUCAUAUCUUCCUUUUUCCAAAUCCAGCAUACAGCAAUGACUGAUUAUUGACAACCUCAUUAUGGUGCGAGAUGAAAACGUUACAACAUUCGAUUACCAAUCUGUAUAAUAAUUUCUGCCACUCCAUAUUUGAGAACAUGUAUUAUGUGUUCUUAGUAGGGGCGCCAUGAGAAACCCAACUCACGAGACGAGACAAUACACGAGAUCGAUGUCCAUGAGUACGAAACGAGAUUUUAACAUUCAUUUUAAGAAAAGUACAAUGAACAAAUAUGACUGGACAAGCAAACUUUAUUGAAGCAAUUCACAAAACAAUGCAGGUGCAUUUUGAAAUGAUAAUUGGCCCACAAAUUGACGAUAAAUAAUAUUGUCUACAUUUUUGAGACCAAAUAAACCACUGGUUAUGAUAAUAUAUAAUAAUAAUAUAUCAUAAUACUGCAAUGCAAUAUUUCCUUUAAUAUGUCAUCUUUCACCUUGUAAAGUUGCGUAAUUGCCAUUUGUGACAUGUAUUUUCGUCUGUCAAACUUAAAGAGAAAUCUUAGACCAAAUCUUAGGCCAUUUUAGGUUUUUCGAGUUACAUUAUGCCUAUUUGCUCUAUUUUUACACUUUUGCUGUUUUUUUUGUGUAUUUUAUUUCUGCAAUGAGCCACGUUCCACAGAUGGCCCCUGGGCCACACUUUGGACACCCAUGCGUAUAUGGCAAGCAAAACUGACUUGGUUUUGUCAGGAAGACGAGUCUUUCCGAGGCGACGGAGGAAUGUGUCCAAGCUUUGCCUUCUUGGUUCUGCAGCUGCAAGUGUUUGGGCUGCACUAUGGAGGGCUUUAUGCAGCUUCCAGACCGGCAUCAAACUGGCAUUGCACAACGGUACUUAUGUACAAUCUGAGGUGCACACGGUGGAUCCUUCAUGCAAGAAACUCUUCCUGACUCACUUUUAAUGUGCACCCCUACUCGCUAAAUGUAGCGACCACGUCGCUAAAUUGUCAACACGAAUCUCUUCUACGUAUGAGGUGUGUUAUGAAGUGAAACCGGUGAUUGCUGGAGCUUGUAAAAUUGGCGCUCAGACAAUUGUAAACGACCAUAAAUAGAACUGCUCUGUGAUUAUAGGUUGAGACAAUUCCGAACAUCUACAGCGAACAUCUACGUGGGUUGAUUUGAUCAAUUUUAAGUAACUCUGACAUUUGUUCAACUUUGAUGGAAAAAAAACAGCCAUGCGUCACUCACUGACCCUGACCCUGGCAAGACCAAGGCAGGUUGGAUUGCAAGGUGUGUUUAAAGCACUUAAUGUGCGGUUCCAAUAAUGCCUUGCAAACAGCUUAUCCUGUAUUAUCAUUCAUACUGUAGUAGCGAUGCCACAGUUCACACUCCGAGUGGCUUCUGGCUACCCCGUUCUCGCGAUACAUCUUCUUUCCAAACGAAUAAUCUCGUCACAUUUUAAUCUCACAGCUCUAGUCCUUAGUCUUUCAAUAUUGAGUUCAUCUCUUUUUUUGUGUCACCCCUGUGCACCACUGCUUUCAAACGACACGUAACAUCUAUUGGGUUAUCCAUGGACAGAAUAUUGCAAAAUCAACUUCUCUAUGCUAGUGUCUCAGUUUUGAAUACAUUGAAUGUUCAGCGCAAGCAGUAGAAAUCCUGACAACUCGAACAACUCCUGUUUGGAAGUCAAAACACAUUGCAUGAUCUACUGAGAAAAGCUAAGGAACAAGCAUGAUGUUUUGACAGGGAUCAUACGCCUUAUUUAUAGAUAUGUAUGGCAUAAUCCAUAUCUUGCGUAAUAAGGUAUUGUGCUGUACAUUCAUUGUACCCUUGACUUGUUAUUUUCUGUCAAGUUCCAUGUGCACUCCUCAUCUGAUGACAGGGACUGCACACACAGUCACACAAAGGCCUCUAGCUGUCUUGACCUAAUUGAAGCCCAGCAGUUUGCCCAGGGUCAUUCGCUAUACCUUCCUUAUUUUAAUGAGAUUUUUAAUUAGCAUGUUAAUUGCCUAAUGUGAUCAGAGGGGUGACUAGCUAGCUGGCUAGCUGCUGUUGGCAUCCAGCUGGGCCAUAACACUUGAGGCUUUCCACUCUGGUGAACAAAACUCAGCCAAGAUGAGCUUUAUUAGGUGGGCCUGGAGAGUAAAUGGUUUUCAAGAUAUAAAGUUUGUUUUGUUGUUGUGCUUUUUUUGUUUUUUUCUUGUGCAGAAUAUAGAGAGAGUGUGAAUAUCGUUUGUUGAUAUUAUGACCCACACUGAAUAUACAGUACUGCUGAGAAUGUAACCUAACAUUAAUUAAUCUAACAUAAAUUAGUUGCAAGUGACUUCAUAUCUCUUAUUACUGUGUUUCCGUUUAAUGAAAAACCAGAUACAACCCACAUGUGCACAUGCCCACAACACAAAAGUAAACAGUAAUAAAUAAGCAAUACAAUAAUUAAGCAUAACACAUCGUUUAAUUGGUCUGGACUGAAGUAGAUCUAUGUACAGUUAAUGUUUACUUCGCUGGCUGUUGUCUGAUAUUGUUAGCAUAUUUAAUGCUCUGCUACCAUAUUGUAUUAAUUGGUGUAUGCUUACGCUGUUGUUUGUUUACACACAUGUGCGUAUACUGUGCGUCAUUGAUCGGUGCCUUUCAAUGACGUCAAUCUCACUGUGACAGGGUUGAUCCAAUCUGUCUAUGGUUUCAUCCUACUUGGGGAUAUCCACUGUUUGCCAAAUUUAGAGGCUAAUCAGAUCUGAGGCACUUCGAUUCAGUGUGUGACCUCAGCAAAAAAAGUAAAUUGUGUCAUUUGAACUACGUCCAGCCUAAAACGGCUGCAAGGGAACAAAGUGGUUUUCAUCAGAAGUAUUUUAUUGUUUGAUAAACAGGAUAUAGCAGGAAAUUACAGACAGUAUAUGCUGUACAGUAAUGCAAUACCUGGUGGACAUCAACUGAGGAUUGUAUGACUAAAACUGUGAUUACCAUGUAAUGAGUGUAUUUCAAAUGUCACACCUAGUAGUAGUUGUAGUUUAGUAGUGUACAUGCUGAAAUACACAUAAUUGACACAGGAACAUGUGUAGCAGAUGAAAGUGGGUGAAUCUGACCAGAAAGAUGGAAGAAGAAUGCAGAGCGUCUCUCUUCUGUUGUCGUUUCAUUGCAUUAACUUACGGUUAGCAGCAGCUCAAAGCCUUUAUAAUAGACCACUGCUGGUGGCUGCUUUUUAUUGGAACUGGCCUUGGCUGACAGACACAUAGGAUGCUUUGAUUUAGCUCAGGAAUGUUCUUGCUUGUAUAUCUGGACCUUGUGAAUCAUUCUUUCUCUCGUUAUUUUUCAUUCAAACCCACUAUUUUAUUUGUCUCUGUCUUUCACUCAUAAUUUAUCUUCCUAGGUGUUCCCUCUCGUCCUUUCAUGCUGAAUCUUCCCCCACGCAUUCUUACUCAUCUGUUUUCCCAGCCAGAUUUCUCGUCCCAUUUCUCAUCUUUCUCCCUUAACUCUGUCU